AUGUCAACACAGCAGUUCCAGUAUCCUAAAUCUUAUUAUCAGCUGGAGCCAUACCCAUACCAGCAACAACAACACAUGAACGGAACCGGAGGACAGACCCAAGGUCUGAACCAGACCCAGCAGCCUGCUGGCCAGUCUCAAGGACAACCAAUGUCCCAACUGCAGUUACUUUCUCAGUACCAGCAGCACCCUUACGGGCUGUACUACAACCCAGGCCAGCUUCCUAUGCAACAGAUGCAGCAGCCUCAACCUCAGCAGCAGCAGUACCAACAGUACCAACAACAACAGCAGCAGUCCCAGCAGCACCAGCAGGGUACUCAGGGGUCUGACUACUCGUCGCACUACCCUGGUUACUCUAGCAGCUCGGCGCCUUACAACCAGUACCCUGUUUAUCAGCAAGGUCAACAGCAUGCUCCACAGGGCCAGGUUUACGGUGCUCCUGCCAACCAGUCUGCUCAGCAGGCACCUUCUGGUUCCACCUCAUCCACGGCGCCUUCCGUUCAGUCGGGACAGCCACAGCCAGGUUCCGUCUCUGCUGCCACUACCGGUGCACCAGCGUCCACCAAGGGCUCUGUGUCGUCUGACUCAUUGGGCGGUAAUGCCAACUCUGCAGUUGGUCAAUACCAGCCUCCAGGCAUUCGUCCUCGUGUAACCACCACCAUGUGGGAAGACGAGAAGACCUUGUGUUACCAGGUUGACGCCAACAAUGUGUCGGUGGUGCGUAGAGCUGACAACAACAUGAUCAACGGUACCAAGCUUUUGAAUGUCGCCCAGAUGACGCGUGGUCGUCGUGACGGUAUCUUGAAGCUGGAGAAGGUUAGACACGUUGUUAAGAUUGGUUCCAUGCACUUGAAGGGUGUGUGGAUUCCUUUCGAACGUGCUUUGGCUAUGGCCCAACGCGAGGGCAUUGUUGACUUGUUGUAUCCUUUGUUUGUCAGAGACAUCAAGAGAGUCAUCCAGACCGGCGUUACCCCAGCUGCCCUGGGUAACUCCAACUCUGGUGCUACUUCAAACGCGAAGAACACCCCUCUCGUCGCCAACUCCAACAGCACUUACCCAUCGACCUCCACUUCUGGUGGUGGCGCCGCCGCUGCUGGUGGUUCGUCCAACCCUAAUGUCGGUUACUACUCUCAGUACCCAUCUCAGUACCCUCCAGCAGGUGGCGCUAGCUCUGGCUCUGGUGGUGGUGCCGCUGCCGCUUCCAGCUUAGGUGAGUCGUCGUCGGCUGCUCCUCAACAGCAGGGCCAACAGGUCGGUCAGCAGCUGAUGUACCCAUACUCGCAGCCAUAUUUUAACCAGUACUACUCCUACGGUCAAGGCUCUGGUUCUGGCGGCGCUGGCUCCUCGGGUUACUCCUCUUACUCUGCUCCAAUGUACUCGUCAUACGGCUACAACCAAAUGCCUGGUCAGCAUCAACAGGCGCCUUACCAGGCUCAACAGGUCCACCAACAGGCUCACCAACUGCAAGCGCAGCAACUGCAGCAGCCUCUGGGCCAGCAGGGCUCUCCAGUCGACGAUAAGAAAGCCGAUUUGAAGGGUGAAGCCAAAAAGUGA